ACUGGAACCAGGCUGACCGGAAAUUCAAAGAUGGCGGACGUGUUUUGAUAAUAUCUCUCUACAUUUAUCUUCUUUUCUUCCCAGAAAUUAAGUUCCAGUUCAUUUAAGCAACAUUAACCCUUAACUAUUUGUCAUAUAAAUUAAAGAAGGCUUUGGUUUAUUUUUUUUCGUGUCAAAAUGAAUGUUAUUUUAGCUGUAAAGCAGUAUGUAUCGAAAAUGGUGGAGGAUGCCGGACCAGGGAUGAAGGUUCUACUCAUGGAUAAAGAAACGACUGGAAUCGUAAGCAUGGUUUAUUCACAAAGUGAAGUAYUACAGAAAGAAGUUUAUUUGUUUGAGAAGAUUGACACACAAGGGAGAGAGACCAUGAAACACUUGAAGGCUAUCUGCUUUAUUAGACCAACAAGGGAAAAUAUUGAUCAUUUAUGCAGUGAACUGAAGGCACCAAAAUAUGGUUCAUACUAUUUGUAUUUCUCUAAUUUCAUCUCCAAACCAAACAUCAGAUCCUUAGCUGAGGCAGAUGAUCAUGAAGUAGUUAGAGAAGUACAGGAAUACUAUGCUGAUUACUAUGCAGUCAGUCCACAUGUAUUUUCAUUCAACAUACCAACAUCCAUGAGGGGUGGUCAGUGGGACAUAGAUGCAUUAGACAGGGUAUGUCAGGGUGUUCUUGCUGUGUUGCUGUCCCUCAAGAAAUGCCCAAUGAUCAGAUAUCAGAGGUCAUCAGAACUGGCUCAAAGAUUAGCAGACAAUAUAAGACAAAAGAUAAAUGAAGAAGCCAAGUUAUUUGACUUCAGAAGGACUGAUGUUCCUCCAUUGCUGCUGAUUCUGGACAGACGGGAUGAUCCGGUUUCCCCUCUUCUAAACCAGUGGACCUAUCAGGCCAUGGUACAUGAACUUCUAACCAUCAAGAACAACAGAGUGGAUCUAUCGAAAUCUCCAGGAGUUGCACGGGAACUACAGGAAGUUGUGAUGUCUGCAGAACAUGAUGAAUUCUACCAAAGGAAUCUUUAUCUCAAUUUCGGAGAGAUUGGUCAGAAUAUCAAAACAUUGAUGGAUGACUUUCAACACCACGUCAAGUCMAACCAGAAACUAGAAUCCAUAUCUGAUAUGAAGGCGUUUGUGGAGAAUUACCCCCAGUUCAAGAAGAUGUCAGGUACAGUGUCUAAACAUGUGACUAUGGUCAGUGARCUGUCACGCAUUGUCGGUGAGCGAGCAUUACUUGAUGUAUCUGAAGUGGAACAAGAACUCGCCUGUCAAAAUGAUCACUCUUCUGCCUUACAGAAUAUCCGUCGUGUGAUGGCCAAUGAGAAUGUAACAGAUCUUGAUCUACUGCGGCUAGUUUUGCUGUACGCCUUGCGUUACGAGAAACAUUCCAACAACGAUGUAUCAGGCUUAGUGAGCAUGCUGACGAGAAGAGGGUUAGGUGAACACUACAAACGGCUUGUUCCAGCCAUCAUACAGUAUGCAGGACGACACGUCAGAGGCAGUGAUAUAUUUGGGCAAAACCAGACUCCACUAUCCUUGACCAGGAGAAUACUCAAGGGACUUAAGGGAGUCGAAAACAUCUACACUCAACACACGACACUGCUAGCAGAAAUCCUAGAUAACUUGUUUAAAGGGAAGCUAAGAGAUGCGAUGUAUCCAUACAUGGGGCAUUCUCAGCUCAGAGACAAACCUCAAGAUGUAAUAAUAUUCAUGAUCGGUGGAGCAACGUACGAAGAAGCAUUAGCGGUGUAUAACUUUAACAAAACUCAACCUGGUGUCAAGGUGAUCCUCGGUAGUACAACCAUUCAUAACUGUAAAUCAUUUCUCGAUGAAGUCGUGCAUGCGACAGGUCAUGCUGCAGCUACUCGACCUCGUCAACCUAGUGGACCUUACCGCUCUACAGUAUCCUCAUCGUUCUUCUAAAUAUCGUACGAAGCAAGCAAGUAUUGACAUGGGUAUUGAUGUGAUCUCUUGGGCUUGGUUCACUGUUUUCCUACUUCGUACUACUAUCACUCUGUGUUUAUUCUUGGCAAGGCAAAGGUAACGGGACUGUGUAUGAGGGAAAGAACUAUAGCAGUAUGUUAUAACUAGGGUACGUAGUUUAGGAACGGAUCCAGGGUUUUCUUAAAGAGAGGACUCGAGGGUUCUGCGUUCARGAGCAUCGACCUUUAAAAGACGCCGAACCAGAAAAAUAAUAAAACGGGAAGUGCAUUCUUUUUAAGGAGAAAGCGAAAUCAUGAGGCUCAUAGGACGGGUUGCAGCCCCCACAGCCCUCACAGCCCCCUGGAUCCGCCAAUGCAGUGCAGUCAAAAGGCAUAGUUUUUACUCAAUGACUAGCCGUCGAAAACGCCGAGAUGCAGUUCAUUCGUUUACAAUACAAAAUUCAUUGUUAAAUAUAUAAAAAAGUUGAAGGUGGACAACAUUGAGAAAAUUGAUCAGUGGGUCUCUGAUUAUGGUAAAGGGUUCCCAUUUCUGGUGUUAUCUUUUUUUUUUU